UAGUCACGACACGCGAAGGUUCACCUUUGAACUUCCAUCACCUCAACACGUCCUCGGACUGCCAGUUGGUAAUCACAUGUACCGAGUGCCCAUAGAUGGUAAGUUGGAUCUAAACCGUACACUCGGUCACCUCCGACGACGAACAGGAUACUUUAAAUUAAUCAUCAAAAGUCUCUUUGCUAAUGUCCACCCGAACAUUUGUCCAGAAGGUGGGCACAGGUACACAGUAUCUUGGUUUAGCACAUUCGCAUCAAGGUUGGUGAUACCAUCGACAUUACUGGUCCGGCCGGGAAAGUAAUCUAUUUGGGGCGUGGCUACAUCCGCGUCAAGUAUCCAGGGAAAGCGGAGCAGAUAAGAUUUGCGACUGAUAUCGGACUAAUCGCUGGAGGAACAGGCAUCACUCCAAUGCUCCAGAUCAUAAAGGCCAUCCUCAAGGAUCAGUCUGACACCACGCGAGUCUCCCUCCUCUUUGCCAACCAGUCGGAGAACGACAUCCUGGUGAGGGAGGAGCUGGAAGAGAUGGCAGAGAAACACGACCAGUUCUCUCUUUGGUACACUCUGGACAGACCUCCCGAGAAUUGGUCAUAUGGUUCAGGGUUUGUUAGUGGGGAAAUGAUUUCCGCCCACCUCCCUCUUCCUGGACCCACCUCUCAGAUCCUCAUGUGUGGACCUCCACCCAUGAUCAAGUUUGCCUGUCUCCCCAACCUAGAGAAACUGGGCUUUAGUGAAGACAUGUAUGUCCCCUUCUAAGACAAAGGGCUGUUUUCUGCAUAUAUUAUAAUGCUAUUUUCGGGUAUAAUUAUAUGUGCUGGCA